AGUGUCGGAGCGUCACAAUACCCUGUACUGUACUGUAUUACGUCUGAGGGAUUUCUGAAACUACCCAUUAGCCUGCCCUUAUCUCCGAUUCAGUGGAUGCUCAGGUUGGGAUGGUGGUGACAUCACUGUCCGCACGCGCUCCUGGAAAUUUCUAGAAACCACAAGAUUAGCGGUGAACGGUUGAAAAUGGCGAAUAAAGUGGCGGCUGAAAGUGAAGAGGAGUUGGACACAGGAGAUGCACAGAUUGCUUCAGAAAGUGACCUCCAGUCAGAGACGACUUUAGAAGUGGAGCCAACACAGCAAGCACCUGAAGAUGAAUCACCCUCUAAAUUUAAAAGCCUCCUCAGAACUUGUGGAAUGAAAUAUCAACAGGUGCAAGAAUUCUAUUCAAAGCACAAAACUAUUAUUCAUCGUGUAAUUCUGAUCAUCUUCCUGACAGGGUACUUUUGCAUGGUGAUUGCAGCAUGUAUUUUGAACUUUCAAAGAGCUCUUGGACUUCUUAUUUUAACACUGAUUGCCAUUUUCUUUUACUUUUGGGAUAUGCUUAUUGAGAAGUAUGAAGAUACAAUUGCUGAGUUUAUUUCUUUACAUAGCAAAUUCCUCGGACAACACUGGAUUUUAUUCAAAAUACUACUAUAUAUGAUUCUACUUGUACUAGUUGUACUUUGGCUUAUUCUGGACACAACUAAGCAAGGCACGAACCAGCUAAUUUCUGUUGUGGGACUUCUGUUGUUUAUUUUGUUCUUGUUCAUCUUCUCCAAACAUCCAGAUAAGGUAAGAUGGAGAACUAUUUUGUGGGGCAUAGGCUUGCAGUUUGUUUUUGGACUCAUUAUUUUGAGAACAGAAGCAGGAUUCCAUGCUUUUCAGUGGAUGGGAAGUCAAGUGCAGAUUUUCUUGAAUUAUGCAGAUGCUGGCUCAAAAUUUUUAUUUGGUGCAACGUACACAGACCACUUUUUUGCAUUUAAGGUUUUACCAAUAGUGAUUUUCUUCAGCACAACAAUUUCCGUAUUGUAUUAUCUUGGAUUUAUACAAUGGCUCAUUUUGAAGAUUGGCUGGAUAAUGCAAAUGUCCAUGAAUACAUCUCCCACAGAGUCAUUGGUGGCAGCAGGCAACAUUUUUGUGGGACAGACUGAAUCCCCACUGCUCAUUCGUCCAUAUCUGAAGGAUCUUACAAAAUCUGAAAUACACUCUGUAAUGACUAGUGGAUUUGCUACCAUUGCAGGAUCUGUCCUGGGGGCAUAUAUUUCAUUUGGGGUUCCAGCUGCCCAUUUGUUAACAGCUUCAGUGAUGUCUGCUCCUGCAGCUCUGGCUGUAGCCAAACUGUUUUGGCCUGAGGUAGAAACUCCAAACAUAUCAACUAAAUCUAACCUCAAGUUGGAUAAAGGUGAAGCAAAAAACAUAAUAGAAGCAGCCUGUUUAGGAGCCUUUGCAUCAAUUACUUUGGUGGCAAACAUUGCUGUUAACCUUAUUGCAUUUCUGGCACUCUUGGCUUUUCUUAAUGCUGUGCUCUCCUGGUUGGGAAACAUGUUUGGUGAGCCUCGGCUCAGUUUUGAGCUAAUUUGUUCCUAUGUCUUCAUGCCACUUGCUUUCCUGAUGGGAGUAGACUGGAAUGACAGCUUUAUAGUUGGCGAGCUCCUCGGAGUGAAAACUUUCUUCAAUGAAUUUGUAGCUUACGAGAGGUUAUCUGGCCUGAUUGCCAAAAGAAUUGAUGGCAACCUUGAAUAUGUUGAUGGUUUGAAGCAAUAUUUAUCAAUCCGUUCUGAAGCUAUUGCUACAUAUGCCCUCUGUGGGUUUGCUAAUUUUGGUUCUAUUGGCAUUGUUAUAGGAGGACUGUCUUCUUUGGCUCCACAAAGACUGCAUGACAUAACAAGUGUCAGUGUUCGGGCUCUCAUUUCCGGUACUGUUGCCAGCUUCAUGACCGCCUGUGUAGCAGGAAUAUUGUAUACAUCUCCCACAGAUGCUUUAACUGUUUGUCCUACGUUUCUGAAGAAUUCUUUUAAUACUUCAAGCUUGCCAGUGAAGAGUUCGCUUCUCAUUGAUUGCUGCAUGAAUCUUUUCCACAACACUAUUGUCAUUAGUUCCACGGAUGUCAACGUGGGAGGACAGUACACAAACUCAUCACUUGUGGGUUGCUGCGAAAUGAUGAAUUCUCCUACAUUUAACUGUGAUCAGAUCUCUUUCUAAAAUAAGAAAAAUAAUUGGAAAACUGUAAUGUCUUAAUUUGCAGCUUUAUUGUAUUGAUUAGUUUACUGUACAUAGUAUGUCUAAUCCACUCACUCCACUACUCAUUUCUCCACUACACACUUGAGAAACAUAGACCCCACAAGUCUAAUGCUUUAGAAACACAUUCACAAUUCAUAUGCCUUGUUGAAAGUAACAGUGAUGUUAUCCAUCUUUUAAAAUACAUUAAUCAUAUUACAGACAUCUCCACAUGAACAUUUUCCCAUUGUUUCUAAUGAGAUAUAGUGCUUCUUUCAAGUUGAAAUUGGAAUACCAAAUGGAUAGAACAGCCAUUUGAAGCAGAGGUACAAGCAAACAAAGUGCGUGUCCCUGAUGCCACAACUAACACCCAGAGAGAUUUCCUUUAAUGCUCAACCUGAUAAAAUUUGCUUUUUGCUUUCAAACUUAUUUGCUGUACGCUCAAAGUAUCCUGCACACAUCAGCAGUAGCUACUUCCCAGUGGCAAUGCUGAUUUCUCACAGCUUGUGUCUCUGAAUGGGUCAACAAAAUCAGAAGCUAGUCUACCUUCUUUAAAUGAAUGCAGGCCCAUAGACACCCAUCUCUGGUAAAAUUGCUGAAGUGUGGGCUCAGAAUCUGCUUUCUGCCAACAAGUUGGCAUCCCAAAAUGCAUUGUAAAACAAUGGCUACUGUUUACACAUGUUAAAGCAUUUUUCAAUACAAUGUCAGAUACAACUACAAAAUUGUCACAAUGUGAGAACCUUUGAGGAAAGCCACAGCUUCCUAGUCAGCCAACUCCCCAUCUCCAUGUACAGGUUGCUUUUUAUUGGAUUCAGUAAAAUAGUGAAAUUGAAUACUCAACCCUAUAUUUCUGUAUUGAUAUCUCUUCCAAAAUUUGGCAAUAUAAUUUCAAAAUCCAUUUGAGGGUUUCUAACACAAAUCACACAGAGUACAUAACCCAUUAACGCCACACACUUUAACCAAAAUGCUUCUUCAGCAUCAGAGGUACUGUGUCAAUAGAUUAUGAGCAAAUAUCUGAGUACUUAAGAAGAGAGUGUUACAUAACUAGAAGAAUGAACAAAGUGUAUCAUAAAUGAAAUAAAACCUGCUAAAAUUCCAGUGAAUAGGGCUGAAUGUGUCUGCAAUGUCAGGGAAUAUGCUGAUUCCCUUGAUGGAGCCUAAGUUCCUAAAACUCAAUUUGUCCUGAACAUUAACAUGAGGAUGAGAAAAACCUGGAUUGGGAACUCCCAUUUCCUGAACCUCAAAGUUUGGAUGCAGUGGGCCAAGAGACAAAAAUAAUUACAAGACAAAUACAUCACUUUGAAAAUAAAAUUUUAAAGUAAAUAUGAUACUCCUAAAAUAGCCAUUAUUCCUGUAUUUAGCAGGGCCAUGACACUUCUGCACCUGAACCUAGCAACUAGAAGCUGGAUUUUCUAGCAGAAUGAGCAUAUAGGCAACUGAGAUGUGCCCAGUAUACUUUUAUAGGUUAAUCCUGGAUGAAUUAUAAGCCAAAAUCAUAGCCCUUGGAAUGUUAGGCUGUACUAUUGCACCUCAUAACUCCAAAAUUCUCCAGGCUGCCUGUGGAUGUGAGUAAACAUUGUGAAUCAGUUGUGUCUACUGUUGGGGAAAUAUAUACUUUGUUCCUCAGUGAGCAAGAAAAAAUGAGAUGCUGGGGUGCUAUCACUUCAUCAUCUGGUAUAUUUCUCACACUAAGCACUUGAUUUACAUUCCAAGGCAGAUACUCCAUCCUCACUUAUUAUUGACUUUCGUGUCCAAGGAACUGUGCAUUCUGUGAAGGAAUGGACCAGAAAAUUACACCCUAUUGUCAGAGGUACAGCAAUCAAAUAUACAAACCCUUCUAAAGUUUAUUUCUGUUGAUCCCAAGGUGGUGUAUUUUGAUUCCCCCUAUCAUAAAUAUACAUUUAUUUAAAUUUUUAAUGUCCUCCCCCAUGGUGAGGUAUUCAGCUAAUUGUAGCUGCAUAUUGGAAGAUCAUGGGUGUCACACAACCCUGUGAGCACCCAAGUAUGCAAAUUACCUUGUCACUGGUGAGAAUUCACAAAAUCUAUGUUACAAUAUACAUUGACUAAUAAGUCUUUUUAACUUUGAAAAUGUAUUUUCAAAUUUUAUGACCAUUGAAUGUUGGAAAUUUAUUAUGUUUGUUAUUUAAAAGAUGGGAAUGAUAUGUAUUGAGGAAUGUCAUUUGUGACUUAAUGGAACUGCUUCCCAUUAAAUGCA